AUAUGCUAUAAUUAGUUUAGUUUUCUGUAAGCAUGGGUUCUCUGAUGUUUUCAAGCUGAGAAACGACAUAGUUCAGUUUCGCUAUUUCGAGGAAAACCGCUAAAAAAUACAUUGACCAUAUAACCACAAAAGUGCUGUUUGGUUACUGGGAAAAUAAGGGACAGGAAGUGAAAAAUGACUGUAACAGCAGGAAUCGGGUACGCUUUGCUAGCGCUUGGACCUUCUCUUUCUCUCUUCGUCUCUGUGAUCUCCAAGAAGCCUUUCUUGAUCCUCACUGUCCUCUCCAGUACACUGUUAUGGCUUAUAAGUCUUAUAAUUCUUUCGGCUGUAUGGAGGGCUUUUCUUCCUCUGAAAUCGACAACAUGGUGGCCAUAUGCAUUGCUGAUAAUAACAUCUGUUGGGUUUCAAGAAUGUCUUCGUGUCUUUUUCUGGAAAGUUUAUAAGAGGUUGGAAGACAUGUUGGACGCUUACGCUGACAGACUCCUAAAACCACGCCUGUUUCUUACUGAUAAAAUGCAAAUUGCACUGGCUGGUGGAUUAGGCCAUGGUGUGGCUCAUGCUGUAUUUUUUUGCCUUAGUCUCUUAUCUCCAGCAUUUGGCCCAGCCACGUUUUUUGUUGAUAAAUGCUCACAGAUGCCUUUUUUUCUUGUUUCUGCAAUUAUUGCACUUGCAUUUGUUACAAUCCACACUUUCUCAAUGGUCAUUGCUUUCAACGGGUAUGCUGAAGGGAAUAAAGUGGACCAGUAUUUUGUUCCCAUCAUUCAUUUUGUUGCUGGAAUGCUGACACUGGUAAAUUUUGCAUAUGGGGGUUGUGCUAUUGGGAUUCCUCUCCUCUAUUUCAUGGCUUUAUUGACUUUGUUUCACUGUGGGAAGAUGAUUUGGAGAAGAUUAACAGAAUGCCGAAGGCAGCAGGGUAAUUCUUUGUAAUUCUUCAACUGUCCUACGUAACUAUUUGAUUCAGAUAUGCCCUCCCCUUCAUAUAUAAGUCCAUGUGAUGACCUCAUGAAUUUAACUGCUUUCAUGCACAAAGAAACAUUUGAGUCACAAGUCUGUAUUCUAGAUUAUUUAUCGAAACCUUUUAUUCUGUGAACAAUGUACUAAUUCUAGUCAAUUGGUUAUAUAUUUUUUUUAUUUUU